GUAGAGAUAUGUUUCAGUUGACAUAAAUGUGUGUGUAAUGCUUGGAUGUGAACAAAAAGGUUGUUAUUCAGAAAAAAUAGGUACAAGGAGCUUGAUGGCUUAUGCAGUCACAUCAACAUAUCCAAGUCUCUCAUGCCAAUUGUUCUGUUUGUCUCCCUUUUAUGUUUAUUAUUGAACCGAAUUCUUCAUCUUCUUUUCAUCCACUUGUUUUCUAGAUAAGAGACCUGUCAUGAAUAGUGCAAUGGAAAACCAAACAGCGACGGUAAAGUUUCUUUUAUUGGGCUUUACUGAUGAUGCAACGCUCCAGAUUUUCCUAUUUUUGAUUUUCUUACUAAUAUACAUAAUAACUCUGUCAGGAAAUGUGCUCAUUAUGUUGGUGAUAAAGGCUGAUCCACAGCUGCACACACCUAUGUAUUUCUUUCUUACCAACUUAUCAUUAAUUGAUAUUUGCUUUUCCUCUGUGACAGUUCCCAAAAUGCUUGAAAAUCUUUUGGCUACAGAAAAGACAAUUUCUCUCAGUAGCUGCAUUGCACAAAUCUUUUUCUUUAUUUUCAUGGUUGGGACAGAGAUCUUCUUACUCUCAGCAAUGGCAUAUGAUCGCUAUGCUGCUAUAUGUCACCCACUAAGAUACAGCACCAUUAUCAGUCGCCAAGCUUGCUCCCAAAUGGUGCUAGGUGCAUGGAUAUCAGGCUUUGUGGACUCCCUUGUAAAUACUCUCUUUCUAACUGGCUUACAUUUCCGUAAUCGUGGCAGCAUCAAUCAUUUCAGCUGUGAAUUACCUUUGCUACUGCAGUUAUCUUGCACAAGUACUUUUGCCAAUGAAAUGGUGAUUCUCACUUUCAGCAUGGCACUAGGGUUUGCCUCCCUCCUUCUGAUUAUAGCUUCUUACGUUCGUAUUAUUAGCACCGUUCUCAAGAUACAAUCUGCUGAUGGAAGGCAGAAGGCAUUCUCUACUUGUACUUCCCAUCUCAUGGUGGUGCUUUUGUUUUGUGGGACUGCAUUCAUUCGGUACAUGCGACCAGCAUCAAGUUAUUCAGAAACAGUAGAUAAGCUUGUGUCAGUUCAGUACAGCAUUCUAACCCCGAUGUUAAAUGCCAUUAUAUAUAGCCUAAAAAACAAAGAAGUGAAGAAAGCUAUAAAGAAGCUAGUUAAAAAUAAGAUUUUGACAUUGUUUUAAGGAAAAGAGAAAAUGAAGAAAUGGGAUGUGAUGAAUCAAGUAAUGUUCAUACUGUUGGAAAUUUAUGUAUUUAUUGGGUUGUUAAAUUUAUAUUCCUCCUUUAAUCUUACACACAUGGCUCUACUGUUCCUUAGCAACCACCAUCUUCACCAACCAAAGCAGACAAUAGUCUGACUGACAUGAACACAAUGGCAAUAUCACAAAUGAAAUAUUAUGAAGUUGAUAACAUAAUUAUUAUGAGAAUAAACUAUGUUACUCAUAAGACCAGCUUGGAAAGUGGCAAUAUUGGAAACCACAUUGCAAAAUAAAGAGGCCAGACAACAAAAUACAGUAUAAAAGGGCAAUUAUUUAACUUAUUUAUUCAUUAAACUUCUGCAACCUGCAGAAAAGGGGUUAACUAAUGGGUAUAGUCAAGGGAUAUCAGUUCUUUGACUAUCUCCACAGAUCACCCUGUGCCAGCACAUCAAACUUGAAGGCAAUGCAAACUGUUUUGGUUCCUCGCCCUAGCCAGUCUUAAGAGGGUACUUCCUCCUAAACCACAGGGUUGCCCCUUUCCCAGUUCCCCAAGCAUAGAACCAAGAAAGUGACUUCCAGAAGCCUACCCUUAACACACAAAGGGAAUGUCUUGGUGUCUACAAAUCCAAUUAAAAUUUUUACAUGUCAGUGACAACCUAUUUAAGUGACAUCACCUCAAGCCAAUUUCUACAUCGAACAGAAGCAAUGUGGGGUUGGCAAAAAAAUGUGGAGCAAAUGCAAAGGGGAAAAGUUCUACCUGGCCCUGAUGCAACCACUCGCACUAUCCUCAGUGUUGGUCACAUCAACAACAACAACUUUAUUUUUGUAACCUGACUCCAUCUCCCCAAAGGGACUGAGGGCGGCUUACAUUUGGCACAAAGUGCCUAAAACAACGCAUAAAAUAAACACACAGUACAAUACAACAUAAAACCAGUAGUAUUAAAACAAUUUCAACUCAGAACAGUACCCAAUAACCUAUAGUGUCAACUGUCAUAAAAACAUGGCCAUCUCUAAACAAUAAGAAAGGAAAGGGAUAAUGCAAGUUGUAGCUAAGGAACAGGGGCAUGGGAUGAAAGUGAUGCGUUGUAUCAUAAUUGGGCUAGACAUUCUCAAAGGCUUGUCUAAACAUCCAAGUCUUCAAUUACCUCCGGAAGGAGGACAGGGUGGGGGCCUGCCUAAUCU